AUGGCGGCCCCAGGAGGGAAGUUUUUUAUCCAGGAGAAAUUAAAGAUUCCGGCACCACAUCAUGCAAGCUUUCAGGCCUUGUGGGAGACAAAAUGGCGAGAACCCUGUGCCCAGGGGCUGUACCCAUUCAUGUUCGCUUCCAUAAAGGACUUCGAGCCUGUCGUGGAAAGCAUUGUCAAGAAAGACAUGAAAGAACCAUACGAUUGGGAUGAAUAUGCAUCUUGUUUCUUUCCCAAAGCGGAGGAACUCGUCGCCGUGGCUGAGGCAGCAGAGAAGGCAGGGCAUAAAAAAAAGGCGUCAGAAUUGUACUUGAGAGCUUCGGCUUUAUACCGCAUAGCACGUUUUCCGGCACCACGCUCGGAGAAACAGCGAUAUGCCUGGCAGGUUGGCAAAGAAGCAGCUAGAAAGGGCCUUGGACUGCAUACAUACCCAAUGGUUCAGGUUGACAUCUCUCAUACUCAUGCCAAACAAGGUGAUGGUGAUGUCCUGCCAGGGUUCUACCACCUUCCUUCACGCGCGUCAGCAUCUGAAAAGGUGCCCCUGGUUAUCAUUUUCACGGGUCUGGACGGGUACAGAACAGAACUUUCAGUGUGGAAAGAAGGGUGGCGGAAAGUUGGUUGUGCUACUCUUGUCGUUGAGAUUCCUGGUACUGGUGAUAACCCUGGUAUACCAUCGGAUCCGACGAGUCCAGAUCGCGUGUGGACGAGCAUGUUCGACUGGAUUGGUAAACAAGAAGCUAUCGAUCAAAGCAAGAUAGUCAAUUGGGGCUUUAGCACAGGCGGCUAUUAUAGCAUCAGGCUCGCACAUACACAUGCUGAUAAGCUGAAGGGUGUCGCUGCGCUCGGCGGCGGAUGUCAUUACAUGUUCGAUCCCGAAUGGCUCGACCAUGUUGACCACCUAGAAUAUCCUUUUGACCUAGCACAGACUCUUUGCCACAAAUAUGGCUACGGCACUGAUUUUGAAAGGUUCAAGAAGGAGGCAAUGGAUAGGUUCUCCUUGUUAAAGGAUGGAACUCUUGACAAACCAUGCUCGAAUUUACUACUAGUGAAUGGUACCGAGGACGAGAUAUUCCCAAUAGAUGACUACUACCUGUGUUUGCAACAUGGUGAUCCUAAAUUGGCUCGUUAUGUUGCGGACAAGAAACAUAUGGGCGAACCCGAUUCAUUCUUCAUUAUUUUAGGAUGGUUCUCCAAACUUUUAGGAGUUGAGAUUGAUAUCAAGAGUUUCCUGUCAACUAUUCCAUCUCGGCCAAAGUAUUGAAUAUGUUUGGGAAUUGAGGAAGGAGUUAUGUGGUUGGUUAUGGUAAUGACAUGGUUAGCAAAGCUACGGUCAUGGACUCGAUAUUCGGACAAAGCCAUAUAGUACCUAGCGUUUUUCGUUUGUGUAUAAAGGGACAAAAAAAAAAGAGGGGAAAAAGGCAAAAGGGCUCACUUGCCAGUAGACUAUGUCUUUUGAUUGAUACUAUAUUAGAUAGAUUUCGUACCUACCGGGUGUUUGCUGACCAAAUCUGAGCAGGUAUGGCACAAAAGUGAACUAUAGCUACAACUGGUCACCAGUAAACUUCCAUGGUAUGAAACGGAAUAGCCCGAAAGUUAUUACAU